AUGGCCAAAUUCGUGCUUGCGGGUAAAGCAGAUUGCCCAUAUUAUGCUAAAGCAGAACUUCUGGCAGACUAUUUACAAAAGAACCUUCCUGAUUUUCAGAUAUAUAAAAUUACACAACAUCCUCAUGUUUGGGAGGAGUGGCUGAAAGAUUUGUGUGAAAAGAAUAACUGGAGCCACAGCAAUUCCCCCAUCAUCUGGAGAGAGCUGUUGGAUCGUGGAGGAAAGGGCUUGCUUUUGGGAGGAUAUAACGAGUUCCUGGAGCAUGCCCAGCUUUACUAUGGUGUCACCUCUAGCAUGACAACUGAGCUGAUGAAGGCCAUUGCUCAAGAGAACCUGGAGGCACAUAUUAAAAAAGAGCUGGAGAAAGAAGUCCAGAAAGACCUCAGUGAUCCCUUGCACGUCUGGAUAACCAGUGCUUCUACCUCUGUCUGCUACAACCUCAUUCCCAUCCUGACCAGCGGCGAAGUGUUUGGAACAUACACGGAAAUUAGCAUAACUCUAUUUGACAAUGAACACACGGAAGAAACUCUCCAAAUCCUUGCGUCAGAGACUCGGGACCUGGUUUCGCCCUUGCUGCGGAGCGUCGCCGUCUGCACUAGGGCGGAGGAAGCCUUCCACCAGGCCCGCGUGGUCAUCAUCCUGGAUGACCCCAUCGACAGGGAGAUGCGCUCGUUGGAGGAGUUCAUACGCAGCAGGGAGCCUCUGUGCAGGCUCUAUGGGGACCUGAUCGAGAAGAACGCUCAUGAAUCUGUCAGAGUGAUCGUAGGAGGGAAAACCUUCGUCAACCUUAAAACGGUGUUGCUGAUGAGAUAUGCCCCCAGCGUCGCCCAUAAUAUUAUCGCGGUGGCGCUGGGGGUGGAAGGGCAAGCCAAAGCUGCAGUGGCCAGGAAACUGAAAACAACCCCCUCAUGCAUCAAAGAUGUGAUAAUUUGGGGUAAUAUUAGUGGAAAUAGCUAUGCUGAUCUGAGAAAAGCCAAGGUUUACAGACAUGACAGUGCUAUUUGGGGACCUCCUCACUUUUCACGCCCUGUUUUAAGCUUGGUUUUUGAUAGUGAGUGGGUGAACAGAGAAUUUGUGGCAACUCUUCACGAGUGGACCUCCACAGGGAAACAAUUUGGAGGCAUCUUAGCUGCUCACAGUAUAGCCACUACGCUGAAAUACUGGUACCACGGCUCCCCCCCCGGAGAGAUUGUGUCCUUAGGAGUGUUGAGUGGAGGCCAGUUUGGUAUUCCUGAAGGUAUCGUCUUCUCCAUGCCUGUGAAAUGUGAGAAUGGAAAUUGGGUGGUCCUCACAGAUCUCAAAGAUAUUGAAUUAAGUGAACAGAUAAUGACCAGAAUGACAAGUGACCUAAUUCAGGAGAUACUUGUUGCACUUGGAGAGUUGAGCUAUUUUCAGCCGUAUCAACCAGGUAAUCUUUUAGAUGUGAUGUGUUAUGAGGCUGCUCUUAAAAGAGCAUUAAAAUAUUUGUUAAAACUGAGUCACUUUAAUGUAGAUAAAUAUAAUCCAUGUCAUAUCACCUUUAAACCAAAUUAUUGGAGAAAACUUCCCAAGCAGUCAGCCACAAAAGGGCGGGGUGUGCCGAGCUAUUGGUCUCCUUGGCCCCAGGGUCUGAGUCUGGGGCCGCUGGAGUCCCCAGAAACUGAAGAGACCACCUUCAGUGCCACAGAAGACAACCAGGAAAAUCAGCAAGACUCGGAUGUUUUGGUUUCAGAACAUAAAGCUAACACUCAUUCUGAUCUAACCCAAGAGGAAGAAAAAGAUCUGGUUAUGCCAGAUGUGGAUUUUUCAGAUCUGAUUCCUAAAAUCAACUCUGAAAAACCCCUCAGUCAAGAACGCAUAAUUGACUCUGAAGGCAAAACUGUGGAACAGUAA